CAAAAGCGACGCCAAGACACCGUAGCAGCGUCGUCGUCGCGACGAGAGCAUAAGCACAAUAGCGGUUUGAGGUAGCGAUGUUGUGGUUUUUUUUGCGGGCGAUGAUGGUUCGGUAAAUGGAAAUUGUCGCGGUGGUUUGAUUGUCGGAAAGGUGGUGGUUUUAUUAGAUAAAUUUUUAUUGGUUGAGUUUGAAUUCGGUGGUUUAGUGAGAGAUAUCUUUUAGUUGAAACUAGACCAGGGCCGUCGUCAGGGAAAAUGCGCCGGGGCAACGUCGUCGUUUCUUUAAACAGGUGACUGUGUGUCGUGAAUCCGGCCUCGGAUCUAAUCUAUGCGAUACCCAUCCGCCAUGUUCGCGCGAUAACAGGUGAAAAAUCGUAAUCGCUAUCUUAUCAGUGUCGUAUAACCCGUAAGCAGGUGAUAAUUGUUACACUUUUUUACGUACAUUUUUCGGGGGAUAAAUCAGUCGCGAGAGGGCAUUCGAAUGAGAAUGUUGCAUUCAAUGGACGCGUUUAGCGAGAAAUUGGCUACAGGUGGCGCAUUCGGCGAUAAAUUGGCUACAGGUGGAGCUAGUGUCGUGAUUGGUGCUAUUAGUCCUAGUCAUUCUUCGGUUUUGGAUUCCAACGCCAACAGGAUGCACCCCUAUAUGAAGCAAGUCGCUAACGGAAGUACCGCGAAAAGCACGCUGGCCAUGAACAACAAUCUGACGAACAAAGCGAACAACAACAAAAACAACAACAAUAACAACAACAACAGCAGCAACAACAACAACCUGCUGAACGUGACCAACGCCAACGUGGUGGUGUCGUCGCAGACGCAAUCGCAGAUCGUCGGCGGCGAGCAGGAGCAACCCGACAGCGAUACGAUAAAGAUGUUCGUAGGGCAAGUGCCUCGUUCGAUGGACGAAAACGAUCUAAGGAAAAUGUUCGAAGAGUACGGCAGAGUCCAUUCGAUCAACGUGCUCAGAGAUAAGGCCACCGGAGCCAGCAAAGGUUGUUGCUUUGUUACGUUUUUUACGAGGAAAGCCGCCCUGCAGGCACAAGAUGCUCUACACAACGUCAAGACGCUGAAUGGGAUGCAUCAUCCCAUUCAAAUGAAGCCGGCUGACAGCGAGAACAGAAAUGAAAGAAAAUUGUUUGUGGGAAUGCUUAGCAAAAAAUUGUGCGAAAAUGAUGUACGCGCCUUGUUCAAUGGAUACGGGACGAUCGAGGAAUGCACCGUUCUCAGAGACACGGCGGGCAAUUCUCGGGGCUGCGCAUUCGUGACGUUUGCUUCGAAACAGUCCGCCUUAAGUGCCAUCAAAGGUCUCCAUCAAUCGCAAACGAUGGAGGGUUGCUCGGCGCCGCUAGUAGUCAAAUUCGCCGACACGCAGAAAGAGAAAGAACUGAAACGCCAGCAGCAGAUGCAGGCCAACGUGUGGAAUGCCCUGGCGGCGCCGACGCUGGCUUCGCCGCCGCAGCAAUUCUCUCCCGUCGUACCGAACGAGGCGGCCUCGUUGCAGCUGCUCCAAGCGAUGGGCGGCACCGGCCUGCUGCAGCAGCAGUUCCUCCAGAGCACCGACAACCUGCUGGCGCCCAUCGGCGUGCAGAACCUGGUGGCGUUGGCGGCCAUGUCGCAACCGGCGACCGCCGCCACGGCGCCGCUUUGCAUGGCCAAUUUGUUGGGGAAGGGAGCGGGCGUGGAAAGGACACUUAACGCGAGUUUGCACCAUCCGACCGCCAUUUCGACGCCCGAUUUGUCGUCGUACGGUUCCUUAAUUACUAAUGCCACCAUUAACGCGGCGGCGCUGGCGGCGGCAGGGAAGCAAAUCGAAGGUCCGGACGGUUGCAACCUGUUCAUCUACCACCUACCGCAGGAGUUCACCGACACCGAUUUAGCGUCGACGUUCCUCCCGUUCGGUCCCGUCAUAUCAGCCAAGGUGUUCAUAGACAAACAAACGAAUCUGUCCAAGUGUUUCGGCUUCGUGUCGUUCGAUAACGCGCAAUCGGCCCAGCAGGCGAUCUCCGCGAUGAACGGUUUCCAAAUAGGCACCAAAAGGCUCAAGGUCCAGCUGAAGCGCGCCAAAGAAGCAUCGAAGCCUUACUAGCCAAAGAGAGCGGGCGCCACCGCCAGUCGGACGGCCACGUGACGUUGCGCCGGCCGGCCUUUGCGUAUACGACUCGCGUGCGCGGAAUUGAAAUUGAAAAUUUCCAGGUACUGUGAUGAGAGAGUCGAGAAUGAGGAAUAUUUGCUAGUUUUUUUUUUAUGCGAUGUAAUUUUUAUUGUUUAAUUUUUUUUUAUUUGAUGUCAGUCGAUGAUCGUUAAAGAUGCCGAAUGUCUUCGUCGUUAAAAUUUUUGGCUCGUUUGGAAGGAAAUGAUGGGUGAAAGAAAGU